AUGAGGCUUCUCGAAAGCGCCUCUUUGGCGACCGUGGCUGUAAGCCUCGCGAGCUUGCUCACUGCAGUGCCGGCGGCAGCCGCUCCCACAGAUGCCCUCUCGACUCGUCGCACGCCGACGCCCGUGGCAGCUCACGACUUCAUCCGCGUCGACAAACUUCGACUGCGAGACUCAUUGCACAAUUCGCACUAUCUAACGGGCAUGAACUACUGGGCCUGCAUGAACCUGGCGGCGGACUCUGACGCUGGCGGCUCGUACCACCGCUUCAUCCAAGAGCUGGACCAGAUGGCGGCGGCGGGCAUCAAUCACCUGCGCAUCAUGUCUGGUUCCGAGGGCGCACCUACGCCACAGCCGUUCCGCGUGGAUCCGCCACUACAGCCUUCGCCCGGCGUAUACAACGAGAAGAUCUUUGUCGGGCUGGACAGGUGUCUGGCGGAGAUGGCCAAGCGCGGCAUGCGGGCGACGAUGACGCUCAAUGACCAGUGGCAGUGGUCUGGUGGGUUCGCGCAGUAUGUCAGCUGGGCCAAUGGCAAUGAGACGUACGACUAUCCCCCUAGCUGGAACUUCACUGCUGCCCCUCAGCGGGGCGGUGCACCCGGCAGAGGUUGGGGCAACUAUACCACCACCGGCAGCUUCAACGACUACGCUGCCUACGGAAAUCGCAUCUACACCGACGCUGCCGCGGAGAAGAUGUUCAAAGCGCACAUUUACAAGGUCAUCCACCGGCGCAACACGGUCAACGGUCGACUGUACAAGGAGGAUGCGACGAUCAUGACGUGGCAGCUGGCGAACGAGCCUCAGCCUGCCAAUCAGGCCAACCUCCUAGGUCCAUACAAGCUGCAGUACGCGCCCAACCCGUCCGACCCGCUGCUAGCCUGGAUAGACCGUAUCUCGACCUACAUCCGCUCGCUAGCCCCGCACCAGCUCAUCUCGACGGGCUUCGAAGGCAAGCAAGGCGAGUGGUACUGGAAGGCCGUUCAUUCGCCGAAGAACGUCGACUACGGCACGAUCCACUGCUGGGUGCAGAACUGGGAGGUGUACGACAUGCUCAAUUCCUCCCGCGCCAACCUGGUGCAGGCGAAGGAGUUUGCGAGUGAGUUCGUCGGCAACGCCUCCCGGUGGGGCCACCAAAUCGGCAAGCCGGUCUUCCUGGAGGAGUUCGGCAUGGCGCGCGAUAACUGGCAGAACAACGUCACCGCCGGACAGUACCAGUAUGCGAGCAAGGCAACGACCAGGAACAAGGACGAGUACUUCAGCCAUAUCAUCGGGUUGGCGGUGAAAAGCUUCAUGCGCACGACGGGCAGCUUCAUUGGCACUGCUCCCUGGGCAUACGGGGGGAUCUACAGGCCAGAGAAGCAGAGGCAGAAUGAGUUUGGCAUGUGGUGGGCUGGCGACCCGCCGCACGAGGCUCCCGGAUGGUACGAUGUCUACGACAGCGACUAUGCGCUGCAGAUUGUGCGACAGCAGAAGGACAAGGUGGACAGCUUCAUCGCUAGCAAAGGUUGGUGGUGA